UGCACGUUUGCUGCACGUCUGCACCGGGCAUGUAUGUGCUGCCAUCGUGUGCCCUGGAACUCUGUGUUUUUUCCUGAGCGGCUUCUCACUCUACACCGUUGUCACUUUCCGCAGCUAGAACUCUUCUCGUAGGCUCAGCUCACUGACUGUGUGGGGCAGAGGGGCUGGGGGUGACGCACCGUGACCUCUCGUGCACUCUGAACGACGGCUCCCGCAGAAUGAGUACGGCCCUGUCCACUGGCUGCUCUCAGAAACUGCAGUCACGCCCGGCACACCGGAGCUCUCUCAUCCCGUGCAGAACCCUGUCCUCGGCACCCUCUUUCCCAGAGCUGCAGAUGGAGAUGGCCAGCCCUGUCACCUGCAGCUACCGUGCCAGCAGGAGGCAGUGCUGGGGAGGUGUCACUUUGGAGUUUCCCAGAGGUCGGGGGCAAUCAGCCCCAAGCAUGACCGUGGGGUUCGCUUUCCCUCUCUCCUCCUCUCUCUCUUCCCCUCUCCCUCUCCCUCUCCCUUAAGCACACACUUUGAAACUCCCCCGUGGCGUCCCCUGAGGCCCCGGGGGAGCCCUGCCUUACUGGCGUCCGCAAGUAAGUCGGGCCGUGUGUCUCUGCAUGAAGACCUGGGGGCGUCCUGCACAGUGUCCUGCUACAGGCUCCUGGAACCGGUCCAGCAGCAACUUCCCGCGCCAGGUUCCUCCAGACUUGCCAUGGGGCGUCGGGAGUUAUAUUUAGAAACUAAUAACGUUUCUUUCUCCACCUCUCUCUCUCCCCACUCCCCAUUUUCCAUUCUUCCAGGAGGCCUGUUUUAAAAACAGAGCCGUGAGGGUAGGAGUUCCUCUGGCUGUGGUUUUCUAUUUCUGAAAUCUCAGUAAAAUCCAACUGUUUAUUGCAUGCCUCGUAUGUGACUGGUUCCCGGGAGGGUGACAUUGGAAUCCCUGCCCCGGAGGACAGGAGAGAGGACCACGGAGAGAGGGAAGCGAGACAGACCCGGUGCCUCGCGUCUGGGGCUGCAGCCGCAGGGAGAAAGGCAGGCGUGUGGCGGAGUGUGGAGGAGGUGACAGGGGGCAGCACUGUUCCCAGCGCGGCGUGGCGUGGCGUGGCGUGGCGGGCUCUGAGUCCGUGGCCCUGCAUCCAGCUCGAGGGAUGGACCCUGCCUCUGGCUUUCGAUCGGUGCUGGGCUGGGCGUGAGAGGCCGUGGACCAGUUUGGUUAACGUCCUUGCCCGAGGCAGUGCCGUGAUUUCCCACACGCAGCUGGCACGGGAAAGGCUUCGUGAGCUUGGUUGGCCGGUCUUGUCUUCUGGAGCCUGGUGUACACACCCCAGGAGGGAGCCCGCUCUCUUUACUGCUGGUGGUUGUGUGCCCGCCCCGAGACCUCCAGCCAGGAUAUCCUGAGCCUCACUUGCUGUGCAGAGGCUGCGCUUCUGUCAGGGCUGCAGCUCGCAAAGCAGCCCGUGGUGAGGGGACCGUCCAGGUGGACUUGCGUGGUCUGAGUGUAGGAUCGUCCAGGCGGACUUGUGUAGUCUAUAGGACCGUCUAGGUGGACUUGUGUAGUCUAUAGGACCGCCUAGGCAGACUUGUGUAGUCUAUAGGACCGUGCAGGCGGACUUGCGUGGUCUGAGUGUAGUACCAUCCAGGUAGACUUGUGUAGUCUGAGUGUGGGACCAGCCAGGCGUACUUGUGUAGUCAGAGUGUAGGACCGUCCAGGCGGACUUGCAUAGUCUGAGUGUGGGACCGUCCAGGCGGACUUGUGUAGUCUGUAGGACCGUCCAGGUGGACUUGCAUGGUCUGAGUGUAGGACCGUCCAGGCGGACUUGCAUAGUCUGAAUGUGGGACCGUCCAGGCGGACUUGUGUAGUCUAUAGGACCGUCUAGGUGGACUUGUGUAGUCUAUAGGACUGUGCAGGCGGACUUGCGUGGUUUGAGUGUAGGACCGUCCAGGUGGACUUGUGUAGUCUGAGUGUAGGACCGUCCAGGCGGACUUGUGUAGUCUGAGUGUAGGACUGUCCAGGUGGACUUGCGUGGUCUGAGUGUAGGACCGUCCAGGUGGACUUGUGUAGUCUAUAGGACUGUCCAGGUGGACUUGCAUGGUCUGAGUGUAGGAUCGUCCAGGUGGACUUGCGUAGUCUGUAGGAACAUCCAGGCGGGACUUGCGUGGUCUGAGUGUGGGACCGUCCAGGUGGACUUGUGUAGUCUGAGUGUAGGACCGUCCAGGUGGACUUGCGUAGUCUGAGUGUAAGACCGUCCAGGCGGACUUGUGUAGUCUGAGUGUAGGACCGUCCAGGUGGACUUGCGUGGUCUGAGUGUAGGACCGUCCAGGUGGACUUGCGUGGUCUGAGUGUAGGACCGUCCAGGUGGACUUGCGUGGUCUGACUGUAGGACCGUCCAGGUGGACUUGCGUGGUCUGAGUGUAGGACCGUCCAGGUGGACUUGCGUGGUCUGAGUGUAGGACCGUCCAGGUGGACUUGCGUGGUCUGAGUGUAGGACCGUCCAGGUGGACUUGCGUGGUCUGAGUGUAGGACCGUCCAGGCGGACUUGCGUGGUCUGAGUGUAGGACCGUCCAGGUGGACUUGUGUAGUCUAUAGGACCGUCCAGGUGGACUUGUGUAGUCUGAGUGUAGGACCGUCCAGGUGGACUUGCGUGGUCUGAGUGUAGGACCGUCCAGGUGGACUUGUGUAGUCUAUAGGACUGUCCAGGUGGACUUGUGUAGUCUGUAGGACCGUCCAGGGGGACUUGCGUAGUCUAUAGGACCAUCCAGGUGGACUUGCGUGGUCUGAGUGUAGGACCGUCCAGGUGGACUUGCAUGGUCUGAGUGUAGGACCGUCCAGGUGGACUUGCGUGGUCUGAGUGUAGGACCGUCCAGGCGGACUUGUGUAGUCUGUAGGACCGUCCAGGCGGACUUGUGUAGUCUAUAGGACUGUCCAGGUGGACUUGCGUGGUCUGGGUGUGACUCAGGAUGCUGCUCUAUGUCUCAGGCACCAGUUGCAGCCCACUGGCAGGAAUGGCACCUGGGGAAGGCCUGCACACCGAUGGGUAACUCUAGACCCCAGGGGCAGGCACAGCCUACAGUGCCCAUCAUUUCUUACUACGCACGUGUCACUGGAAAACACGCAUCCCUUGCAUCCCUCCUCAGAGGUCAACAGAGCAGCCCGUGGGUCAGCCCUCGCCGCCCUCCGCAGGGAGCUCGGCUCUGGAGUCCGCGGCAGUUAUCCCGAGUUGGCCUGAGGCCCCUCUUUCCACAGCAACAACUGCAGCUCCAAACACAGAGGCCUUGGCUUUGCCCCGAAGCUGGGCCGGCUGCUCCCUCCGUCUGCGGGAACGGGAGUGGCCGCCCAGCCUGGCCGCCUGGCCUGUGCUUUGAGAGGCGCGCUUCAGUGGGUGGGGGAGCUGCUCCCAUCCAAAGCUGGCCCCGUGGGCUGCCUCGCUGGCUGCCCAGGCCCGCCCAUGACCUGUGGGUUAGAGCCCGGCAUCCAGUUACCACCAAAGGCACAUGCGAGUCUGCGCCAUGGUUUUCACCCCUGCCACUUGCCGUGGCCCUACUGACCCUCGCGCAGGGUACCGGAGCGCCCCCCUCACUUACCUGUGUGGUCCCCCGCCUGGGAGGAGGCCUGGCCAAGGGCUCCUGGAGGGGAGGCUCCAGCCGGCCUCUCUCUGGUCUCUGGUGGCCUCCAGGCUGCCUGGCGGGGCUCAGAGCAUCCUCCGAGCUGGCAGACAGGUCCCGGCGGUGGUGGCCGUGCUGGGACUCUUGGGAGUUUUCCUUUUCCUCAGUCCUGGGCUGUUGCUGUGCCCAGAAAUCCUGGCUUGACUCCAAGCAUGCCAAGUGCAAGCCCCGACUGGCCACAUGUGGGCGUCUGUCCCCCAGCCACUCCCGAGGAGUCCAGGUGAUGCACUCCUGUGCGCCUCAGCCGGGCUGGUCAGUGCCUGCCUUACCGAGAUGCCGCGGCUCGCGGCCCUGUUCCACCUGGCUUGGAGGGGCUGCUUGUGGGGCUGGGGCGGUGGGUAGAAGACUCGGAUUUCACUCCUGCUUUGCUGGCUCGUACUGGAUGACCCAGGGCUAGCCACCCCCACUUCAGCCUCGGCUUGUUCUGCGAAAUGGGCUACUCGGUGACACCCACCUGUGUGUUUUAAGGAUCCAGGGAAGCAGGCAUGGGGUAUAUCCUGUCAGCUGAGAGAUGCCGUGGUUCGCAUGUAGGAUUUAUUGAUGGCUUAGAGCCCAGCGUGGGCCUUGCUGACGCCCUGCUCAGUGCCUGUCUUGGUGGAGACAGCAUGGGGGACCUCUAGGAAGAUGAAGUGCUAGAUCGUGCGUCUUUGUGGCUCUGUGUCUCCGUGUCCCUGUCCCAUAGAAAGGAGAAAAUGUGGGGCUCAGAGGCAGGGAGGCGGUGUGCACAGGCUGCAGCCCCUGUCCCAGGGAAGGGCCCUGCGUGAGCCUUGUCUUAGUCCACGUGCUGCUUUCACACACACUCCUCCAGAGCCAGCCCUGGGCCUCUGGCACGCGGUUCCUGCGGCGGGGGGCUCCCUUCUCCUGUUUUCCCUUUUAGGGCCUCUGGUUGGUCAGUCCUGGAAGUGAGUUCACAGCAGUCAAGGUUUCCUGAGGCCUGGCAGAAGAGGCCUGCUUGAGUGAUGCCGGGGCCUGGCCCAGGCUGCAGCCUGCCCGGAAGCCUCCAUCGCUGGCAUGUCGGAUGCACAGACGUGGCUCUGCCACUGUGUCCACCGGGCAUGGCAGCCCAGGCCCCUCGCUGGCCCUCACUGGGUCUCUGGGUUCCU